GCAAGUUUCUGAGCCUCUGUUGCUAGGACAUGCGCGCAAUGCCGGAGAAGCGCAGGAGAGUCAGAAGCGUUCGUCUCUCAAACUUCAGGACUUCCUGAGAUGGUGUGGCCGCCAUUGUCCUCUUGCUGCCCUAGCGCCUGUAGAAGAUGUCAGUAAAGGAACAGUACUUUGCGAGAACCGUAACCCCACCCCCCAUUCCCCUUCGAAAAAGUCAGAUCUUGGAAGAUCAGCAAACCAGGACCUGAAUCUGGGAGCUUUAGUGGGUUUUCUGUACUCAUGAACUUAGAGAAGUGAUUCUGCCCUCUCCACAAAUGCCCCAGGGGCGCAAUGAAGCUCUCGAGGCAUCUGCCGUUUCGCUCGGGGUUUCACUGCAGCACAGUGUUCCUAGUGGUUCUACUCCAGUUCAUCUUCCUCUGGCACCAACUCAAGUUGAACAUCAACUCCCCAGGGCCCAACCUCCGCCGCUCGCUCACCGUCCGGGUUCCAGACGAAACCCAUGCGUUUCUGGACAGGGCAGCCGACGGUAUCGCUGAGCAGUACCACGCAAAACUGCUGGCGGCGCAGGGAGACCCGUCUCACAAAGUCAUCAUCUUUGAUUGCUUGGAGCAGGGGAAGUGUUACGGUUUGGGGGACCGGUUGCGGGGCAUCUCCACGCUGUUCUAUCUGUCGGUGUUGACGGGAAGCUCGUUCUUCAUCAACGCUCCCAUCCCGUACCCACUGGAAAACUUCAUGGUGCCGCGGUUACACGACUGGCGAAUCAACGGCAACAACGAGACGGGGAAGCAAAGCAAGAAGCCGUGCACUUGGGCCGAGGGUCUGGAAGGACGGAUACAGACUCCGUUCGACGAGGUUGACGAGCCGAAACCAGAACUAGCGCAGGUUGACACGGUGGGGAGAAACUUGUUGAAGCAGUCGAGUCUGCGCUCGCAGCAGGACACGCAGUUCUGGGACUGGUUGAUCCAGUGGCCCCAGCGGCUGUGGAAAGUCGACGUGGAGACGUUCGACGCGGAGCAGGAGCUUAGCGGGAAGCGGUUGCACCGGUUUAUCUGUAACCUAGGCUACCCGCAGGCAUACCUGACGAACGAGCAUCUGAAGAAGGAAGUCCAGGGUUACCACAUGGAUAAGCUGCCGCAGCACUAUCUCUUCCCGGUCGCGCUGCGGGUGUUGUUCAAGCCGUCGCCGUGCGUUCAAGCGGAGAUGGACCAGUACGUGCGGCGGUUUCCGGACUGGCAUGACCCGGACACGAUCAAAAUUGGUGUACAGGUUCGGACGUACGUAAUGGAGGGAGCACCGAUCAUCGACGGGUUUUUGACGGGGCACAUCCAGCCCCCCCCGCUAGAGUGCUACGAAGACCUAAUGUUCGACAUCAUCAGAGACGAGUUUAGGAGGCGCACGCAGUCAAUGAACGAGCUCGACAAGUGGGACGAUCGGAGUAGGUUACGGGAACGGGUAAUCGUGUUUGUGACGAGCGACAACCAGCAGGCGAUAGAUUACUUGAACACGAACCUGUUCCAGUUCGGGAUCCGGUCGUUUAGCACAAAGCACAUGCCCUCGCAUAUUUUAGAGUCGACGACCAUAGAGGCGGCUGCCAAGACGUACAUAGACUGGUGGCUCUUGACGCAAAUGGACCGGUUACUGAUCACGAAGAGCACGUUUGGCGAGACGGCAGCUGCGUACUCGCUGAAACCGACUGUAGUCGUAGACGGCUGGGUAGACUCGUGCAGAACUUGGAAGUUCAAUAAUACGUUCCACUCAGACGGGUAAACUGUCAGGUCAAAGGUAAUAUGUCUGUCCUGCUACUCACUUCUCAGAGGAAAAGCCGGCUCGCGAUUCCUUGAUUCUUUGUAGGACUAGAGGCGUAGAGCGGCUGAUUAGAAUCGAGCUCUAGUUCAGACGUCAAAGAUGAGUUUAGGUAGUCUGAGAUCUCUCAAUCGUCGGAUCGCUGACUUCAGGUUGUUCUUAUACCGUAUCUUUCAAGAAAUGCUGACCGUUCAACAUGCACCGG